UUGUUAUGCUUUGUAAGCUACUUGACACUAAUUUACACCGUUUAGGUAAGCUGUAAGUAGGCUAUUUCUAAACUAUUUGAUUUUUUAUUUUUCAGACAAAUAGGGAAUUUGUCAAGAAUGUUAAGAUUAGAUAUAGGAUCAAAUAUUUUGACACUUUUAAACAAACCGAAUAGAUAUAGUUUUUGGUCUGCUUUUUUGUAACAUCAUUUUCUUACCCCAACAAAUCAUCAAUAUGUUACUUACGUACAUUCAGCCUCAAAAUAACAGACAGUUCUAGUCUAAAUAUAUAUGAUGGUGCAAGAACGGAAUGCGAUAUAUGGUCGAAUUACAUUGCAGCAAUCGAAAAGAUGACUGACCGGCACUCGUUCAGUACCGCAUACCGCCAUCGCAUCCGACCGUGACCGCAUUUUUCUCGGCUUGCAUAACAUAUCGCGUGACUUGCUAGGUUAGUAACGUGAGGGAACGGACAGCAGAGAAGGCGGUGUUGAUGAUGGUAGGAGGAGAUUGUGCGUCGUCGUCUUCCGCGUUUCCCCGGAUUUCAACCACUGUCCUGAUUCCAUCGUGUCCUCUCCUUGCACGUUUUUACGCUCGGCCCACCCUCCCAAUUGAGUUAAUUGUAAAGAAAAAAAUUAAAUCAAUUAUACCGGCCUCGCCGUCCCCCCCUCCGCCUUCACCUCUCCUCUUUCUCUCCCCCCUUUGCAAAUAACUACCACCGCCUUCGUUCUCCACAUGAAGCAUCGGAGUACUGGGCCCCGGCGUACCGGCUCCAGCCAUGUCGGCGAGGAAUACAGCGGCUGGCGGCGAUGACGGAGCGACGGGGGAAAAGCCAGGAGACGCAUUAGAGGAAGAACCCCAGGGCCUCUCUGUCUCUCUGUCUGGUUUGAUGACCCCCACCUCAGCCACCGGCAUGGCCUCAGGCAUGGAGCUGCCCAGAAAACGGAAAGGCAGCAUGGACAACCCGGAAACUAAAUCUGCAUCAAAUCUAGAGGAGGAUAUGGAGGACGAUCAGGGAAGAUCGGAAGGAGACAACCAGCACUUAAAAAUUAAGUGUGUCAGGGAACCUCACAGUCAGAUCGAGAAACGACGGCGAGAUAAGAUGAAUAACCUGAUUGACGAGUUGGCAGCGAUGAUUCCCACCUGUAACCCCAUGUCCCGCAAGCUUGACAAACUCACUGUGUUACGAAUGGCUGUCCAGCACCUCAAAUCACUCAAAGGAGCAACCAGCUCGUUUGCAGAAGCCAAUUACAAACCUGCAUUCCUCCCAGACGAUGAGCUCAAACACCUUGUCCUAAGGGCUGCGGAUGGAUUUCUCUUUGUGGUUGGCUGUGACCGUGGGAAGAUAGUCUUUGUCUCAGAAUCGGUUUCAAAAAUGCUGAAUUACAGUCGGACGGAGUUAAUUGGACAGAGCCUGUUUGAUUAUGUUCAUCCUAAGGACAUUGGUAAAGUGAAGGAACAGCUGUCUGCCUCUGAACUCUACCCGCGGGAGCGCCUCAUAGACGCCAAAACGGGAUUGCAGGUGCAGGCUGAGCUGCCCGUCGGAGUGGCUCGGCUUUGCUCUGGAGCCCGGCGCUCAUUCUUCUGCCGAAUGAAGUACAACAAAGUUACCGUCAAAGAAGAGAAGGACUUCCAGGCUGGGGCUUCAAAAAAGAAAGAGUCACAGCGGUACUGCACUGUGCACUGCACGGGCUACAUGCGCACCUGGCCCACGCACCAGCUAGGCACAGAGGGGGAGGCCGAGACGGAUAAAGAGAGCUCCCACUUCAGCUGCCUGGUAGCAGUGGGCCGCGUGCACCCCCACACCCUCCCGCAGGCCAACGGAGAGAUCAAGGUCAAGCCCACUGAAUUUGUCACCCGCUACGCCAUGGAUGGCAAAUUCACCUUUGUGGAUCAACGAGCCACCACCAUUCUGGGUUAUUUACCCCAGGAGCUGCUAGGCACAUCCUGCUAUGAAUACUUCCAUCUGGACGACCUGCCUCAUUUGGCAGAUAGACACCGAAAAGUGCUGAGGAGUAAAGAGAAGAUUGAGACAAACUGCUAUAAGUUUAAAACGAAAUAUGGCUCUUUUGUAACCUUACAAAGUCAGUGGUUUAGUUUUAUAAAUCCUUGGACCAAAGAAGUAGAAUACAUAGUGUCAACCAACACAGUUAUAUCCGGUAAAAGUAAUCCAGGUGGAUCAGGGGAUAAAUCUGAGCAGCUUAGCAGUUCCAAGGCCUCGGAGGAUGAUGCCAAGAAGUCCCAACAAGUUCCAAUCAUCACAGGGAUCUCCAGUGCAUCAGGCAUGAUUUACGCUGGGUGCAUAGGGACCCAAAUUGCUAAUGAGAUAAUGGACUAUAAUAGGAUGAACUCCUCACCAUCCAGCGGCAAUACAAGUCCAUUCAGUUUACUGCAGGACAAGUCUCCACUGGCCCUUGCGCAGGCCAGCAGCAAUGUGCCAAAUGGGGAAGUGACAGAUGUGGAGAUGCCUGGCAAAUCAAGCUCAGAGGAGGAAGCGAGGGGUGGGGCCUUCACAGCGGGAGAAAGUCUGAUGGAGGGGAGCUCUCAGUUGGAUCUGGAGGGGGUUCCUGGGUUAGGCGCUCUGAGCACUGACGAGGCAGCCAUGGCGGUCAUUAUGAGCUUACUGGAGACCGAUGCCAACCUGGGUGAGGCCGUGGACUUUGACGAGAUGCACUGGUCUCUGUGAACACCGCUCCAGUUUUUUUUUUUUUUUAAAGACCCAUCUUAUCUGGAGCUUUUUAAAAUGAACCAUCCAUUAAUUUUCAUGGGGCAACAAGCCUUCGGCAAUUCUUUGGCUUUCAUGUUUUUAAUUUAUUAGUGUUUUUUUAAUGUGUGCAGACAAGCUGCAUGGCAGGUUAUCUGAUGGCUGCCCUUGGUGAAGGAGAACCAAAGGGGACGGGGGUCUCUCUGAGUACCUUAAGCUGAGUACCUUAAGCAACAGGACCAGGUUUUAUGUGGUCUGGUGUGCAUUUCUUCACCUCAGCUCUGAGGUCAUUUCUGCCCCUUGGCAUGGAUCAGAAUGGAGAGACGUUCUUGGCCUGUUUUGCCAUGUUGAGAAACGCAUGCCUCAGCCAAGCCAUAAGGCAAGAACCCAGAUGGUCCACUGUGAUCCAGUGGCGUAAGGAUUUCAAAACGGUUUCCUUAGUCAAUCAACACUUGAACUGAUGCUUUUGAGGCAAAGCUGGACUACAUU